AGCUCUUUCUUGUCUCCAAAGAUAAGAUUAUCAAUCUCUAAACUUAGAGUACAAUCAAAGGAGAAUGUUUGUUCAACUAUAAAAUACAUGUUCUUUACCUCAUCUUUCACCAAAUUGCAUCAGAAUGGGGUUGCUGGUUUCUUUUGCUGCUUGGUUUCUUUUCCUCUUAUGGCAUUUCAUGUCUCCUGAAAAUGCAGCAGCACAACCGGUUUCCUUGUAUAUAAGCAACAAAUGCCCCUUUCCAAUAUGGCCUGCAACUGCCCCAAACACAGGCCAUCCAGUGAUAGCGGAUGGUGGCUUCAGCCUUCCUUCAGGCCAGACCCGACGCAUCUAUGCCCCACCAACAUGGAGUGGCCGGCUUUGGGCCAGAACUGGCUGCAAAUUCAACUCCAAUUGGCAACCAGCCUGCCAAACUGGUGACUGUGAUGGUCGCUUUGCAUGCAAUGGAACUAUAGGCCUUCCCCCAGCUACACUGGUUCAAAUUUCGCUGCAGCCAGACAAGAGCAAGCCAAGCUUUUAUGAUGUAAGCUUGGUUGAUGGCUACAAUCUCCCUGUUUCGGUCACAACAAAGCCUAGGGCAUCAAAAUGUUCCAUUGGAGGCUGCUUGACAAAUAUGAACAGCUUGUGCCCACAAGAGCUUCAAGUCUUGAGCAACAAUAGGGAAGUAGUGGCCUGCAAGAGUGCUUGCUUGGCUUUCAAUUUGGACAUGUUCUGUUGCAGGAAUGAGUAUGGGACCCCAGAGAAGUGCAAACCAAGCGUCUACUCCAAAAUGUUUAAGGGAGCUUGUCCCUCGUACUAUAGUUAUGCUUUUGAUACACCAGCACCAUUGGUAAACUGUCCGUCCAAAGAGUAUAUCAUAACCUUCUGUCCGUCCAACUGGGGAGAUGAGCAUAUGGGCAUAUAGAGUGUAGAGUUUAUAUCAACUCAAACUUUAUCUUGAUGUUGGUUUUGUGAAGCUUUAAUCAUUCUAAUAAAGCUGUUGAUUGUUGGUUUCUUUGCUAUCAUCAUGGGGUCAUAUCGUUUGUUUUAUGUUCACUAUUAUUUC